AUGGCGGCUUACGGCGCAGCCGUUUCUCUUAAGAAUACGAUUACGCGUAUUGUCCAUUCGUCCCGCAUUAAUCUGGUUGGCCCUUCUCGGGAAAUCAUAAAACCGGCCUACAUCCACAUGUGUUUGUUGCAGAAAACCCUGCAGAAAUUGGAGGGGACCGGGUACAACAAGAUCAGGACGAAGGUGAAUGCUUUGGAUGAACGAAUCAAAGAGGUCGUAUGGAAAUUUGAAGAUCUACUAGAAACCUGUUUCACCGAUCAGAUUCUUGCACAACUCGAAAGCGAGGGAGAUCACUUGUCUUUCUCUGUAGAUCUGCAGAGUUUGCGAGAGAGUGUUGAUUGCUUAGUCGAAGAGCUGAUGGAGAUGUUGAAGGACUACUAUAUUCAAGUGGUGACUAUGCCUGAAGAAGAAGGCGAACCUAUUUGCUCAAGAAUUGAUUUUAGUGGAAUCAACUCAGAGAUGGUUGGAUUAUCUGAUGUAUUUAAAAAAAUCAGGGGUUAUCUUCUUGCAGAUAGUGAACUUGAAAGUGAAGGUGAAGGUGAAAGUGAAGGUGAAGUUGAAAGUGAAGGUGAGAGUGAAAGUGAAUGUGAAAGUGAAGGUGAGAGUGAGAGUGAAAGUGAAAGUGAAAUUGGAGAUGAAAAUGAAGGUGAAAGUGAAGGUGAAAGUGAAGAUGAAGGUGAGAGUGAAAGUGAAGGUGAAAGUGAAGAUGAAGGUGAGAGUGAAAGUGAAAGUGAAAUUGGAGAUGAAAAUGAAGGUGAAAGUGAAAGUGAAAGUGAAGAAGAUGAAUGGCAUUGGUUAUUAGAUGUAGAUCAAGAUGAAAAUGAAGAAAAAAAUGAAUAUCAAUGGAAUAGGUUUUUUGAUGAAGAUCUUCAUAUAGUGAAUUGGUUAUUAGUCACGGGGAUGGCUGGGGUUGGAAAGACAACUCUGGCUAAGAAAAUAUUUGAUGAUCAGUUGAUCCAGAGACAUUUUGAGCUUCGAGCAUGGAUUAAAGUGGGCAGAAAGUGUGAGUUCAAUGAAAUAUUACGAUGCAUUCUAGCUCAAGUGGAUCCCGACACACACGAUCAAAUGCUUACCCAAGGAGAGGAUGCUGACAACCAGAAAUUAGCCGAACUUUUCGAAGAGAGAGUGAAGGAUAAGAAAUGUCUCAUUGUGUUGGAUGAUGUAUGGGAAACUGACACACAACUAAUGGAUAUCUUGAUACAAGAGAAUGUCCGAAUCUUGGUUACAAGCAGGCUAAGAAUUAAAGAAUCUCCGUUUUAUGUCAAAGUACGAUUCUUGACUUUUAAAGAAAGUAUGAAGUUAUUUGGUAAGAAGGUAUUCGGUGAGAAGGGCAUACCUCCUCACCUGGAGGAGUUGGGAAAGAUUAUUGUCUACAAAUGUGAAGGUCUUCCACUUAUGAUAGUUACAGUUGCAGAGUUCCUAUCCAAAGAAGAUAAGACCCCAGAAUAUUGGACUGAGGUAGCUGGAACACAACAUAAUUCCGUUUUCGUGGGUGCAUGUGAUCAAAUAUCCGAGGUAUUUUUUCCAAGUUAUGAAUAUUUACCUCAAUAUCUAAAAAUGCUUUUUCUCUAUGUUGGAGCUUUCCCUCCAUAUGAAAACAUCGACUUGUUAAGUGCUACCUAUCUGGUGAUAUCUGAUGGGUUUUUCGAACCAUCUGUAAAACAUACUUCCAAAGGUUAUCUUAAUAAGUGCUUGAAAAAGCUUUCUCGCCACUAUCAUCUUAUUCAAUUUGAGAGGGGAACAAAAUCUUGGUUUUCAGAAAAUAAGUUCUACGUGCAUUCUUGUUGGAUGCACUUGUGUAAGAAAGAAGCUAGUAAGAUCAAGUUUUUGCAUGUUUUACAAAGUUGUGAUGAAGUUAUGGAAGACCAGCGUCGUUUGUGUGCUCAUGGUAACAUGUUGUUUGCCUUCAAACAAGUGUAUGAUUCAAUAAAAAGUGAUUGUUCAUCCACUGCCCGUUCACUCCUUUGUCAUGGUCCUUACAACCAAUAUCCAGUGCCAAUACAUGCCAUGGAUUUCAAGUUGCUCAGAGUACUACAUGCUAAUGCAGUCCGAUUUUACUAUUUCCCGCUUGAAAUUGUGAAACUAGUUUGUCUAAGGCGUGGAGCUCCGUCAUAUAUGCCGGUGGAAAUAUGGAAUAUGCAAGCACUACAAAAUAUUAGAGUCUACGGAAAAGACUUACCAACCCCUAAUUGUGAUGCUACUUUGGACAAACUCCAUUAUCUCACUGGUGUUACUGCAAAGAGUUGCACUAGAGAGGUUCUCAAAAGAAUCCCUAAUUUAAUUCUUUUGUUAAUUCAGAUGGAGUUGAAGCCUUAUGACGAUGACGAUGGUAACAACCCAUUCAGUGGCUCGGAUUAUACCUUGGAAGAUCUCCAUAAUUUGGAGAAUCUAGCAUAUAUGGUCAGGAACCCUGACAUAAAGUAUGAGCAUAGAGUUCCUCUUUCGAUGUUCCCAUCAAGUUUGACGAAGUUGUCUUUGUAUGGAUUAGGGUGUCCGUGGAAGUACAUGAAUGAUAUUGGUUUGCUGCUACCAAAUCUCAACUCACUCCAUUUAGAGUGCUAUGCCUUUCGAGGCGCGGAGUGGGAUGUAGAAUUGCGGGGUUUUUUGAAACUUCGUACACUUGUAAUUGAAGACACUGAUUUGGUGCGAUGGAGAGCUCAACAUGGAAGCCUCCCAUGUCUCGACCUCCUAAGCAUACGGCAUUGCUACAAAUUACAACAGCUCGAUUGGCAACGUGAUCCUUCUAUAAUCAGAGCAACAAUUGAAUUAGUUGAGUGCAGUCCUGUAGUUGUUGCUUCUGCCUUGAAAUUACCAUAUUCUCUCUUCAGAGUUCGUGGCUACUCUACUUUUUGAGUCGAGACGUCGUAGCUAGACUCCCAACUUGGCUAACAGGUUACAGCAACCAAUAAGUUAACAAGGUGACCCCGCCAUUCAGAGCCUCCCGUCAACCGAACACACCACCAUGCAGCCCGAGACGUGCAAAUCACGAAGAGCCCAUCACCGAGAAGAAGGAUGGCGGGCGUCCAAAAGAAAGACCUCAAGCCAGCAAGAUUCUAGGAUUUUAGUUCCCAUUAGUUGAUAUUCUGUUCCCUUUUGUUUUGUUGAACUAAAACUAUCUUUAGAUUGAUUUGAGUCGACCUUCUCGGAUUUUAUUCUUGA